AAAUUCUAUAUAAAUGUUCUCAUGCAGCUUCCAUUUUCCUCACAGCAAAACCAAAGUACUCUCCUAGCAAUCCUUACAGCUUCUGUUUUAUCAGAAACCCUUCAAGCCUUGUUGCAUCAAUGGAUAGGGUGAGAAAUAUUGUGUCAGAAAAGCCAGUGGUGAUCUUCAGCAAGAGUUCUUGUUGCAUGAGCCACACCAUUAAGUCUCUCAUCUGCGAUUUUGGCGUAAACCCGGCGGUUUACGAGCUGGAUGAGAUCCCGAGAGGCCGGGAAAUCGAGGCGGCUAUGUCGAGGCUUGGCAACAACCCCACCGUCCCGGCCGUGUUUAUCGGUGGCAAAUUUAUUGGGGGAGCUAAUGAAGUUAUGAGUCUUCAUCUCAAAAGAUUAUUGAAGCCAAAGCUCAUAGAAGCUGGUGCCUUAUGGGUUUAAAGAUUAUUGCACCUUUUAAAAAAAUAAAAAAUAAAAUUUAUCCGGCACUAAUGAUAAUUAAUUAAUGCAUUUUUUUUGCAUUAAUUUAAUGGUAGUAAUAAGAAGUCGGAUUAGAGGGAAGUUUUUGAGAGAAAGUGAGAGGGCAUGCAGUUUUAUCUAACAAUACUAACUAGUGAAUUACUAUGUGUACUUGUUGAGGAGCUUUUUUUGGUGAAGCUGCUUAUGCUUUUGAUUAGUAAUAAACUUCAUGUUUGAGUAAUUAAAUUUUUUAUUCGCAAUUUUAAUAGAACCCGUUCGGCAUGUUGAGUACGUUCAAUCUUCAAUCUAACAAGUAGGAAGAUAACGGCGUGGUCACAAGUAA